AUGGCACGCACCCUGAGCGAUACAACUGCCUGCCACCAAACAGGCGCCAAGCGCCCUGCAUAUGACUCCCAUAGUGAUAGUGAACCGGAUUGGCCUAUCAAGAAACGGCAGUUAUGGGCCAGGUCUCGGUCAAAGACGUGCGACUAUUGCAGGGGGAGAGAGAUUAGGUGUGACAACGUAUCGCUUUCCCAGUCAUGUCUAUUGCCUGGGCGAGACUGUUGCAAGAAGACCGUUGGCGUGCACCACUGGAGGACUACCAGGGACCAGUGUCUGCCAACAGAUGCGGCAGGGAAGGAAGGGCAGGGGAGUGAUAGAUCUGCCAUCGAAGACCUAUCAAAGAGACUGGAUCGAAUUGAGCGGCGUCUGCGCUUCCUGUUCCCAGAGCUUUUCCCUAACCCGGAUAGAGAUGAAUUGACUCUGUCUGACUCAGACGAUGACUCUGUGACUGUGUGCUCGGAGAAUGAUAACUACCCGGCAACAUGUCAAGCGGUUACUAUCGUAAAGCGAUGGCUAGCUCAGGCACCGCACUUCGAUACGAUGUCCACCCAGCCUACCCUUGCUCUAGCUCAAGAUUAUCUGGGAGAUGUGACAGACACAUGCAAUGUGGGUGACACUACGCCUUCGCUUGAGGUAUCUUCGCCUCCAUUAACUCUCCUCUCCUCUCCCGAUGAGGACGACAGUGGCCAGAAAAGACGUCAUGACAGAAAUGGAAUAGCUGGAGGUCCCUUCUGGCGGUUACCUAGACAAUGA